AUGGUUGGGAAGGGGCACUGCUGGAGCGCCGCUACAUGCCUGUGCUGCCUCGUUCUAGUGUCCAUAUGCAGUGGCGUCAAACUGAGCAGGUACCAGUGUGAUAGGGCCCCGAGGAGAAGUUGCCUCCUGGACGUAUCGGCCGGCGGGAUGCCGCGCAGGCUACGCAAGGGGGAGGGCGGGCCAAUCAAGGGGUGCAGCAAAGCAGAUGAGUUGAGCAACGCAUAUGAGUGCAGUAAAGCAGAUAAGUUUAGCAGCACAGAUAAGUUCAGCAGCGCAGGUGGGGCCCCCCCCCCCGACCGGUGGAACAUCCUAGUCAGCUGCUACGACCAGUGGGACGCCUUCCGCAAGCGCUUCCUCCUGACGGUGGGCGAAAAGCAGUGUGUGCGGGACGUUAAGAAGCAGAUCGAAGGGGCCCACGGAAUCCCCGUGUCCUUGCAGCAAAUUCUGUACCAAGGAAAAAAGCUAAAUGAUGACGUGGUGAUAAAACAACUAGCCAAAGGAAUAAAAAUUAAUCUUUUAAAUGUAACCCUCGUGACGAUGCUGCCGCAUAUCUUUCCCUCGAGUGAAAACAACUCAGCCAAUGAAUGGGAAAAAAAAAAAAAAAAAAAAAAAAAAAAAAAACAGCUAAAACAAAAAAUCAAAUAUUUUAGCUACCUGGUUCUCCUCGAGGAAUAUAAAAACCUGCUAAACCAUUUGGACCAAAACAAUUACGUCGUUUCUGAGGAGGACAUCGCUCACUCGUUCAAUGCAUUUUGCAAAAAGUUUCCCCAAAUGGUACACUCCAAGGGGGUAAGCUUGGACAAGAUAAAGGAAGAAAUAGAGGAGCUGCGCCACGUAGAUAGAAAAAAGCUGCUGCUUCGUUUGGGCGUGGACUUUCCUCUAAUGAGUAAUCUGCUGGUCCACAGACUCAAGGAGCUUAUCAGCCUGUAUUACCUAGGCGAUGUAAAAUCUGUGGUUAAAUUUUCCCUGUUUUUUUUUAUCCUUUAUAAAUACGCCAACUAUCCCCCUCGUGUGAAGCGGCUCUUCCUCUUCCUGUCCGUUUGCUUCCUCUUGGCUCCGUGCAAGGCGGUGUACAUGCUCCUCCACUUUUCCUUUUUUUUCGUUCCCCGGGGGGUGCUUUUUCCGGGCCUCACGAACAUCCUGUCCGCCUCCUACCAGCAGAUCCUCCUGUGUCAGUAGCGAGGGCGCAAGGAGUGGAAGAACAAACAUAGCAGCGGAAGAAGUAGCGAACGGGGCAGAAAUAUAGUGGAGAACAUAGCCUCGAACGAAGGAGGGGCAGACUCAUUUCAGCCCGUCCCCCAUUCGGCAUCCAUCACCUUGGGCGUUUCAGCGGCCCAACCUUCACGCUAAAGCUGGCGCAUGUACGCUGAGGGAACCCCGCACGGGAAAAACAACAAAUGGGAAGGGAGGAACUUGGAAAGUUGCUCCAUCCGUUUUUACCACGCUGGGAAGUUGUUCCUAUGUUAA